UCUCAUGCUCGCCGGCCAGUGCAUGUCUACUAUACACAUCACUUCCUUUUUCACCUUUGUUUUUUUCUGUCGCCUGGGAGCUGUUUAAUUUUUUCCAAUGACGGCUUUGCCUGAUUCGUACUGUGGCGAUCUCACCAUGGAUAUAUUGCCCAGUGGAAACAUAUUUCGAGAACUUCAAGUGGUUCACGACACGGGCUACUUCUCCGCGCAGCCGUCGCUGGAAGACCGCUGGCAGCAAAACUGCCUUGAAAUGGAGCGGUACCUUUCCAAAAAUGAACCAAAGUUAACCUCAUACAAACGGCUAGGCAGCGACCUUGAUUGUUCCUGGAGCCACCUGGCGGGACAAAAUGGCAGCUCGGAGCGCGGACCACUUGAUGAUGUCGAUCUGCUUCAGUUAAAGGAGGAAUUUUUCCCUGAGCCGGAUGACGAUUGUUUAAGUGAUUCCAAUGACGACGAGGUGGAUGAUGUGACAGAAGCCGACGAGCGAUUGGAGGAGCUCGCGCAUUUGAACUUAAACGACAGAACUUCUGACACAAUUAGCUUAAAAAGUUUUAGUUCUUCGUCUAGCGCUGUCUCUUGGGACAGCAACAUCAGCGAUCCGCCUUUGUCGCCAAUUUCAACAAAAACAAAUGAUCCAUUCGCUUUAAGACUUGUGGCACCUCCUGGUCGCACGACAACGAUUGCUGUGCGCGUGGCUUCAGGGGACAUAAUUCAACGGCAAAGAAUCCCACUGGGGAGUCAGGCUGGCCCUGCCGUGAGGAGUCGCCCUUACACAUCACCCAAUCAAAAACCACCGGUGUCACCGGCAAGCCGAAGCCGACUAGAGCUUCAGGAUAUGGACAAUAAGAGAAGAAUUCACAAAUGUCCUUACACUGGCUGUAAGAAGGUCUACACAAAAAGUUCACAUCUUAAAGCUCAUUUACGGACACAUACAGGUGAAAAGCCCUACAAGUGCACAUGGGAAGGUUGCGAGUGGCGAUUCGCACGAUCUGACGAAUUAACUCGCCAUUACAGGAAGCACACCGGGGCGAAACCAUUCCAGUGCAAAUUUUGUGACCGAUGUUUCUCUAGGUCUGACCAUUUAGCAUUACAUAUGAAACGUCACGCAACAACAGACCUAUAGCGAAGAGAGAACUUAAAGAUUGUGGACAAAGUUUCAUUGUGGUCCAAGAUAGCAUUUUUAUAUUCCGAUGACAGCAAAACAACAACAACAAAACCAGUGCUUUAUUUGUGGUAACUGUCAUCCUAGAUUCUGUUGCUAUGAUCAUGUGAACGUCAUGUGACAAUCAUGUGAUAUCCAUGUGAUCUACCCAUGCUGGACAUCAUGAGACCCAAUAUUCCACACCAUGUCAUAAAUUUUUUUAUUUAACUGUGUCUUCAAUGCUUAUUUUUCAUUUCUUUUACUUCAUUUCAUUUCCUUAUUUUGUAAAAAAGAUAAUAUUCCAAUUCAUUACCAGUGAUGUUGAAGUAUUGGUACAUUGUUUUUUGCGAAUGUUCUUAGUUUCAUAUCAUUGAAUUGGAAAUCAAACUGUGAUAAAGUUGAUUUGUAUAUGUUUGCAAAACAUGAAGUGCUGGAUGAUGAAUCUCCCCCCAUCAAAGAAGUGGAUUCGUCUGCCUUUCCUGCAGAACCUUGUGGCCUUUCGUAUUGUUCUCUUAGUAACAGCUGAUACUAUUAACAUUAGCAUGUGUGAAACUUGUGUUGCCGUCAGUGUGUGGAGAACUCUUUUAAGAAGUGGUAAAAAUUGAUCACAAUUUUUUUUUCAAUUAGAAAGGAUAUGUCAGUGCUUAGAUAGAUAUGAUUUUUUUUUUAAUUUAGAUAAAUGUUCACGUGUUCAAUGUUUAACAAGUCCGUUAAAAGUGCCUUUUUAACUCAAUUCAUCAUUGUUUAAUACAUCAUUUUUGUUUUAGCCCUAGUAUAGUUAGGAUUCUAUGUUGAGCCGUAAGUACCAUAAUAUCGUGGAAGAAAGCAUGUGCCUCACGAAAGAUAGAACACCUCAGUUGAAAAAUUUUCGUCUUGUCAGAAGUACAUUUAAGAUAUUUGGAUUUGGCAUUUUUUGCCGAAAAAAUUCCCUGAAAUCCACUUGUUGAUACGGUGCCUAUUGAGAGAACAGACAGGUUGUCCAAAAUGGCGCUUGACGAAAUCCUGUAGCCAACGAAACAGUGCGAGCUGCUUAAACACAUCACAGACUCGUGUCCACUUAAACAGUUGAUGCCUUGACGGCUCCAUCCAGUGGUUUCAGUGGUUUGUGGGUACUUCAUGGCUGACACGGACUCUUCAGUUCAUCAAUGAAGAGACCAAGGGCUCAUGCCUGAAGCGUAUGCAAAAGUCCCCAUUGUUUUCUAACUAAUGGUCGUAAAAAUGGCGAGAGUGGUCUGAAUCAACAUUAAGUAAGGCAAAAACGAACUCUUUGUUUGAUCUUUGAUCUUUGUCGGCGUUACCUGGAGACCGUCUUCUUGAUGACACGGACACAUAUGUGCUGUUGGUUAAAAGAAAUCUGUUAUAGGUAUGCAAGCAGGAAAAAUUACAGAGACAUAAAAUGAACAGUUUUCAUUUUGCACCCCAUCUGCCACUUUUCCCCCGUUGAAUGGAACAUCGAAGUGUGUGUUUUGAAUAUACUUUGUACAUUUGGGACCACGCAUGCAUCGCUUUUACGUCAGUGUCGUUAUGAAAUUUCGUGAUACGGUUUAUCUCAGCAGUGUAAACUGUAUAAACCUGGAUUGCAGGGAGCAUGCUCAGUGCGUGGAACAGCAUUAGGAGUUCAUAACACCUUGAUGUGCAAGUACAUAAGUCCCCAGUAAAUACCUGAGCUUCGUCUUCACCACCCUUUCUCCCCAUCCCUCCUCAGAUACCUGUGGUAAAUUACCCACUGUAGGGUCUACAAGGUGUUUAGGAGGCAGAUAAUUCUACCGUGCGUCAAAAACGCCCUUCGUCUUGCCAACCACUCACUUGAUAACUGUCUUUUUGCCUUCGAUCUGGAAUCCUAGGAAACUGAAUAAAACGUCAGUAUGUAUUGUUCCUGAAGACAAUACCUUGGUUGACGUCCUGAAAGAUAACUCGACAACACUUUAGACACUCCCGACGCUUAAUUGCGGUUUUCAAGAACUAGGGUGAUCCGCUUCUCUUUUUUUAUGCUGGUAACACUUUGACGAAAAUAUAUCACAUUACUGACCUACGCCCAGUGUUGCCGUCCAAGAGCAAACACAUGUACGGUCAUGCGCAGGAAUAGCCUUUUAUCCUCUCCGAAAGAAGCUUACAGUCUUAACGUUGUAAACAAGGACCUUUUUUCACUUGUCUUCAGCUGCAGGGUUUUUUUUUAUUCACUCGAAUUUCGCUAAGCAGUAAUUUGCCGCAUUCGGGUAUUGACAGACCCUUGUUCUUAUUUCCACAUGCGAGACAGCAAACCAUUUUCGGAGCCACAUUUGGCAGAUUUGUAACAUUGCAAUGUUUACAUGGAACUGACGUCAAGUUUGGUAAACGCCUUUUUAGCUUUGCCCUAUCGUGGAAGCUCUAGCUGCAAUUAGGAACACAAUAUACCUCUUAAAAGAAGUGAAUUUUCAAAUUAUGUUAGGCUUAAUUUAGCAUGCACAUUAUCAAAAACAUUUUUAAAAAGAACGGACCAUUUACAACUGUUUACCAGUUAUUUGAAUUGCCGCUUUCAAGGUGUGGUUUUUAACACCUGUUGCUCUAUGGUCUGUCGCAGGCAUGACUGCUAAUUUUGUUUACGUCAGUCGUCGUAACCAUAUAGCCAAGGUUCAGAGAUUUUCAUAAUUGGGUGCAUUUUCAUUUGAACGUGGACUCUUUUUAUAUGCAUGCUGUCUUUGACAUGUUUUCGGACGCUGUAUCCAUUAUCAUUACCACGGCCAUCUUUUUACUGGUAUCACGGUCGAUCAGUCACUUGAUACGCCAUUAUUGACAUCUCAUUUGAUAUCCUGGUUAUGUGAGCUUUAUAUGGAAGGCCAUCUCAUUUAGGUCGUGCGCAUGUACAAAUUAUACCUCCCAUAUAUACAAAAUCCGCCGCACGUACACCAGCGGUACACAUCUCUUGGCCUUGGUACAAAACCCCCGUCCUCAGGCUAAAAUACUGCCAAAUACGAGGUCUGAUUUUUACACCACCGUGACCUCCGUGGACCAAUUCCAUCCUUGACCUUUGACAUUUGAUACCAGCUUCACCAUUUUCAAGGUCAUUCUACAAGAACGUAUGUAUUUAAGAUCAAAAACAUUCGCAAGGCCUGUUUAAGAAACGUGUCUUGGUAAAUUGAUUUAAUUUAAACAAUGCUUUGUGAUUUUUAAAAAUGUGAAACAGUUACCGAUGCGUAUGCAUACAACCCGUGUUCAAAUCUGUGUUGAGAUACUAGAGCAGUUUGUGCUGUCUUUUCAUUUCUCUCUCCCCUGCCCCUUUUUAAACACAGAUUGUCUUUUUGUUCUGUAUUUACAGGUACGUGUACAUGUAUGUGUCUGAUCUUAACAAUGUUGUUACAUUCACACAGUAUAUGUUCUUACACCUGAAUUAUGGCUUAUGUUUCCUGCUUCGGCCGUAUUACGGUCGCGCAUAUACAUUAGCCUAAUUAUUGUUACUGUUUUAGCCUUAUUAUUGUUACUGUUUUAGCCUUAUUAUUGUUAUCAGCUGACUCGCUCUCUACAUAUUAACAUCGUUACAAAUCUCAAAGAUAUGUAUACGUUUUUUUGUGUGUGUGCAAAAAAAAAAACAAAAAAAACCAACUUUCAAUCCGGUGGUGCGUUUUGUUGUUACGGUAACAAAACGUUUCUUGUAAUUUUGUCACAAAUGUUGCAUUGUUCUAUUGUUUUGUAGUACCUUUAUAUAAGCCAAUCAGCGCCUUGUUUUCUAUUUUAUUCUGCAUACAUGCACGUACCAAGGGACGCAUGCGUGCUAGCUGUACAUGUACACCAGACCUUGACUGUGAAGAAACCUUUUGCAAUACAAAACCCUCCAGAGGUAGAAGACUACUUGGGGAAAAGUCAAGUUCAUGUUCGUUUUCUAAUCGUCUAAAGAGUUGUCAUUUGGAUUCACUGUCCUAUCUGUGCUGUAGGCUUUAUGUACUGUUCUCGAUAGUACUAUGCGCUCAACCGCCAAAAGCAGAAUAUCGCUAAGUUAUUAAGCGACUAGAACUGUUCACUCCCGGCAUGAUUUGGCCAGUCACUGAAACCGAGCCAAGACAGGACGUUCCUCAAGAGAAAUUCGCUGUAUGAGAUUUCGUAAGGCUGUUAUACACUUGUGAUGAACGAUCUCUGUUUUGCAAAAACGACGACUGUGCUCUAGAUGACACCAGUCGUGGGCGUAUGUCUAUGCAACCCAAACCACUGAAACACAUUGAAAGCCUGCGUCUGUCAAGGUGCAUGUUUGAUACUGUUACGGAUGCGACCCAACCACACACCCACCCGCCCGCCUUUGCCCAGGGAAUGAACAUCAAACUGCUUCGCUGCACACUUCCAAGUUUCUGGAAAUCGAAAACCGAAGCAUUUAUAAUUUAUGUUCCGAAAAGCCCUAACCGUCUAGACUUUCGAAAAUGCUGCGGGGGCGAUCCGGUUGGCUGACAGGUCGAUAGGAAUCUCUUUUU